AUGUCGUACGAUGCUACACAUGGCGAGCCAGAUAUCAAUCCUAGUAACUCGCGGACCUUAGACACUAAGUCGGCAAUACUAGGGCUGACCCAAGCUGACGUACUGCCUCGACCUGCUUUGCUCAGAGCAUUGAUAGACUCCUACUUCGAUCAUGUCUACCCGCUCUAUCCGGUUGUUGAUAGAGAGGAUGUGCUGGGGCCAGCCCCGUCUACUCUGCUACUACAGGCCGUCAGUAUGGUCGGCUGCUUGAUGCGGCGUGGAUCUGAGAGCAUGGAGCUUUGCCGUUCGCAGUAUGAGAAGGUCAAAACCUUGAUUCACCUGAAUUACGAAGCCGAUACCCUGGUCUUACUCAAGUCACUUUGUCUAAUGACAUGUUACAGCGUCAUGUCCACGGACUUGGUGACUCUGGAUGGUCCAUGGCACUGGUUAGGUGUUGCAUUACGGAUGGCCCUGCAGAUGGGUCUCCAUCAUCGUUCCACCCACGAUCGGCACACCAAUCCAGGUUGUCUGCGCCGGAUUUUCUGGCAGCUUGUGACUUCAGAUCGACUUGCAGCCUCUUGCUGGGGGCGUCCGUUGUCCCUUCAUCCUCAGGAAUACGACAUACCGCCCUUAGAAAUCAGUGACUUUCCCACUACGGACUUGCAUUCGUACGCUUUCUUGGAGGUUGUGAGAUUAACAGAGAUUAUGAGCAUCAUUGCAGAAGCUGGCAAUGGGCGAUCAAACAUCACUCAAGAAGAGGCUGCGACUCUCGUCCAGCGACCAUGUGACUGGCUCCAAACCCUGCCUGACAGUCUACACCUCUACAACGCCUCUGGUAUCAGAAGGCCGUUUUAUCGUCCCGCAAGCGAUCUGCAUAUCAUAUACUUUGUUACCAUUAUUCUCUUACAGCUUCUUGAUGGGAAAGGGACGAGGCCGUCUAUUGCAGCUUCAUCACUCACCGCCGCAUCGUGUAUAUCCCGUCUUUAUGAGGAGAUUCAUUACAGGGAGGAGACAGCCCACCUCAUUGCCAUUCAUGGCUACUUUCUUAUGGUAGCAGCAGUUCCCUUGAUUUGUUUCCCUCGCCAGUCACAAGAAGACGAAGUGACUCGAGAUGAGGAGUUAAAGAUUAUUUGCGACGUGCUGAGCGAAAUGCGAUCCCGGUAUGGCGGCUCGGACCUAGUGCUGCGGAAGAUUAGGCAGCUGCAGAAGGACACUGAUAGUCGCGGAGGCCAAUCUGGCCACGAUUGUCGGUCUGGCGUCCUGGGAGAGCAAGCUAUGUGGGCGACGCGCAGUAUUAACGAGCGGCUGAAUGACCUCUUUGCUUUUCCCCCAAGCCUCUGUCCUCGAAUAAAUAUUCCAGAGGCGGAGAUGAACUCAACAGAAGGCGCUGGAAGAGACUGGCUGUCGCAGAUAGAAUAUUUCCCCGAUUUCCUGUCCGAAAAUGGGUUGAAUCUGACCGAUAUGCUGGCUUUGGAUUACAACCUUCUGGAGAUGCCCAAUGACAGUAGCGUGGGUUUUUGA